AGCCGUGACGUCAGUUGCACCUCAGGCGAGCCCCCCAACUCCCUCGCUCGUCAUGUGUUGCUGGAUGCGUUGUUGCUGAAAGGAGCUGCGCUAAGCUCCGUGUAUACGCAAGUUAUUAGCUAAUCAUGGGGAACAAGAUAUCCCGGCCGACUCGCCCGAGCUGACGAACUCGACGUAGUGUGGAUUAGGAAGACGUCGCCCGUGUGCGAGAGUCGCGAUGAUGUUGUCCCGAAGGUCGACACAUUGGAUCACCCGAUCCAACGGUUACUACGGCUGGCGUAGGCCAUCAGGCGUCAGGUUUAAAAGGAAGCCCGCUGGUCUAACGCUCGCCCGCCAAAGCAGCACCUCCAAGUCCAUGCCAAACCCGUACUGGACGUCCAAACUCACCAACUCGCUGGAGCGUCUUCAGAGCAAGACACGCCUCAAGUUGAAUGCCAGGGUGUUGUUCGACAGCAUAGCUGCUUUCAGGGACGCUCACGUUCAAAGGAUAGCGUUUAUGUUGCGUAGCAACGCUUCGAUGACGCAGCCCAGGUUGCAGAACGAAGCAAGCGCUCGCGACCUCAAAGUGCAGGACAGAUCGCAGAACUACACCGCAGAAGACGGUAGAACUACAGACGUUGGAGGUACGAAGCGCGCGUUGACCUCAGGAAGCCAGAUUGGUUCGUGGCGAGAACUUCUCCGUAAGGCCAUCACCCUGGGUCAGGGAGUCGAAGACAGUCAGAUGAUGCGGCUUGGUGUGCAACUGGUGAAGGACAAGUCUCUGGACGAUGCCGGAGAAAUUAUGGUCAAGGACCCCGCGAAGGGUGAAGCUUCCUGGCAGGAAUUCGCAAAGGCGCAAGAGUCCGAGGUGAACAAGAUCCUGUCCGAAAUGGAACUUGCGCAAGACCAAAAGCCCGAGCCGCAGAAGAAGGAGGAAGCUGCUGCUGCGGACUCUAAGAGCAAGCUUCCAGCGAUGUCUCAGGUGGAAAUUGAUCGAACGGCACGCGUCCUCCUGAAGUCGGUGGUGGUGGCCUCAUCGCCUGCGUCCCAAGUGGCGCGACUGGAGGAGCUCAACAACCACGUUCUGAACUAUCCCAGCAGCCUAUGUGUACUCGUGAAGGAACGGGCCAUCGCCCACAUCCUCCGAAUGCGGGAAUACUCCAACAACAGUUCUGUCGUCGCCAUGGCGCGAGAGACCCUGGCGCUGCUUGGCUACGUCGAUCCGCCAAGCGGAAGGGGCUUGCGCAUCCUCUCCAUCGAUGGCGGAGGCACGAGAGGCAUCCUGGCCAUCGAGUUUCUACGGCAGCUGGAGCUCUGCACGGGCAGGCGAGUGCACGAGCUGUUCGACUACGUGGCCGGCGUAAGCACGGGUGCCAUCCUCGGCUACCUGCUAGGCGGCCUGCACACCUCGCUGGACCGGUGUGAGUUGCUGUACCGCAAGAUGAGCCUCGAGGUGUUCUCCCAGAACGCCUGGUGGGGCACGGGGCGCCUGGUGUGGAGUCACGCCUACUACGACACCUCGUACUGGACUGAAGCCCUCAAGCGAGUGUUUGACGAGAAGACCUUGUUGGAGACGACAAGGAGUUCGAGCAGUCCUAAGGUGGGAGCCAUAUCAGUGGCCGUGAAUCAGCCAACUCUGAAGCCGUACAUCUUCCGCAACUACAACCUACCCCACCGAGUGGAGUCGCACUAUUACGGCAGCUGCAAGUACAAGAUGUGGCAGGCAAUCCGGGCAUCGGGUGCUGCACCGGGGUACUUUGAGGAGUACGACCUCGACGGCUUCGUGCACCAGGACGGUGGCCUGAUGUGCAACAACCCGACAGCCGUGGCGAUCCACGAGGCCAAGCUUCUGUGGCCCAACGAGUCGAUCCAGUGCGUGGUGUCGCUGGGGGGAGGCCGCUUCAUCCCGGAAGUCAAGGAGCAGGACCAGGGCUUCACGUCACUCAAAAAGAAGAUUCUCAAGGUCAUCGACAGUGCCACCGACACCGAAGCGGUUCACACUACAAUUCAAGACCUGCUUCCUCCAGACGCCUACUUCCGUUUCAAUCCUUACCUCUCGGAGUGGAUCACCCUGGACGAAAACCGAGCGGAGAAGUUAGACCAACUCAAGCAGGACGCCCAGAUGUACCUGAGGCGCAACUCUGAAAAGUUCAACUCCGCCGUCAAAAGUCUGCUGACUAAGCGAGGGCCUAUGCAGAGGGUCAACGACUGGCUAAAGAUGCAGUUGACUAUAAAGUGGUGACGGCGACGCGUUAACGAACGCGCAUAAUUUGCGGGACUUGACAAAAAAGGCAUGCGAUCCGAGCGAAUGGUCUCUACCGUAAGACUGGCUACGGCAAAUUUUUUAUUCGUUUUGUUACAUUUUGAGAUUAGGAGUGUUGGUCGUAAAUGCUAGGCAAGCGAUUUGAAGAAAUUUCUCACCGAAGCCGAGCGCUUGUGAUUGUAUGUGUGGUUUCCUAUGGAAAUAGUUGUUUAUGUUAGAGCGAUAUGUACAUUAUAAGAUAACUGUUUGUACAAAUAAUGAAUUGAGUACCACCUGCGACACGAUUGUGCCGCCUUGAUUUGUCACUUCACGACGUAAUCUUUUACAACCACAACGUACUUAAUUACUCCUGCACAACUCUUGUACUUUUGUUAUGUAGUGGGGAAACCUACCCAGCUAAGCUGUUAGUUAACGUCCAUCCUCUGCAAGCUUUUAAAUGUAAAUUAUUUCACGCGAACUUCACUAGUCAGUCUACAAGCAUAUGUCAGUCUGUGCGCAUUGUGUUGUGUGCAAAUGGGCAAGUUUGCCAUUGGGGACUAGACAUUGUCUUGCCUCCUAACACUGUAAAUAAAAUAAUGUUGCUUGUUUU